CAGACCGACCCUUUACCCUUUUCAGGGUCGCCUCUCUCUUUUACCACUACAUCGUUUAACCGUUUCUUUUUCUCAAGUCCAACAAGUAAACUAGUUCACACUAAAACUUUGCAUUUAGUACAACUAAAUAAUUUAAACUGUACAAUUUUAGUAAGAAUUGACAAGUCAUGAUGUCCGACAAGGCUGCAUCUUCAGACCCGACGUCCGUCAUUGUUAAGGAUACUGAGAUUUAUAAGUAUAUUUGCCCAUCUCUCCUUCCAUCCUGUCCGACGUCAUCCAUCUGUCCUUACAAAUUCCACGAGGUAACUCCAUAUAAGUGGGAAGUCAUUGACACAACCACCCCCCUGAGCCAGGAUGACGGGAAAUUGCUGGAGAAACAAUACUCCAAUCCCGACCUCAAUGUAGGGUCUCUGUCUAAAUUUAGUUUGGAUUUUACCACAAUGACCAUCACUUCCUCAGAAGAUGACAGUUUUCCGCUCGGUACAAAAAUCAUGAGGAAAUCGACCCCAACCAGAAAUAUAUGUCCGGACGAGGUAAACGCUUCCGGAUGGACUUGGUACUGGCAGAGGGACGAUAUUGCGGUCAACUGGAGUGAGAUGGAAGUCAAGGGAGGUGGAAAUGAGACCUGCCCAUUCCAAUAUUUGGAACAAAAUUACCAGAAUUGUAAAUCGAAUGGAAAUCCAGAUGACGAUUUUGAGAGGAAAUUUACCAUUUUCGGUGCCAAAAGGCAGGAGUACAGGGUUUCUCUCGAUUUUAACAAGAUGGAACUGUCCAUGGCUGGCGACCCGGAGAAAUACCAAGUCAAACGAAGACCAGACACUUUUAAUAGAUUUAACUGGGUCACGUUCGGUGACCUUGACCCGGAUGGCAAUUUCCGCUUCCCAAUUACAGCCCGCGAGCUAGAAUCGUACUUCAUCAGUGGCGCUAAAAACUUCAGUAUCAACAAAUUUUCAGUGAAUUUAGACACCCGAGAAUUCAUUGAUGCGAGAAAAAUGCCCGCAAAGAUGGUCCGUAUCCGGAGGGAAGCUUUCAAAUCGGGACAACUCCUCGAACUCGAAAAUUCUUAUCCCUCUACGUGGUACGCCAUGCCUAAAUCCAGGAUCUUUGUGACAUUUAAUGUCCCCAAAUUUACCCAAGAAUUUGACAUGGUCGAGAAAAAAGUCUACCCCUUGGAGAUUAUGAGUUUACGACGGAUCCAAAAUCCCGCCUCGUACAAGAGCUAUCUAAGAAUUAAGGAGAGGAUGGAAUGGGAGGCUAGUUGUGUGGAGGGGGUCACGUUAGAGGAAAAAUGGCUUUUCCACGGGACAAAAGACGUCAACAUUAAGCUCAUCUGUGAAACCAACUUUGACCCAACGUUGUCUGGUUCCGCCAACGGUGCGACGCAUGGGAGAGGGACGUACUUUACAAAUGUGGUCGCAACUGCUCGCGGUUAUUCAAACUUGACGUCGUCAAGAGUAUUUUUAUGCCGAGUCCUGGUCGGUCGUAAGAUUCUCGGGGAGAGAGGAAAAUUUCCUCCUUUCGCACUUUGUGGACCCGUCACCAUGGUGGAUAAUUUGGAUAAUCCAACCGUUUUUGUGAAUCCUCGAAUACAUUCCUUUCUACCAGAAUAUAUCGUCGAGUUUCCGCCUGGACGAUGACUUAAGUAAUAUAUUUCCGGGAUCAAAUGUGUAACGUACUGAUUAUUUAUGCACACUAGAC